UUUUUUUUUGGUUGGCCCUCCGAUUUUCAUGACGCGCAGAAUGCUCUGGAGCAAAAUUGGCCGCGAUCGCUGCAAGCCGUCUGAAAUCACCAUGAUCUUUCGCCCCCUAAGUUCAGAUAUGCUAGCCACAUUCUCCAAAUCCCCACGAUAACCCAACACCAUCCUCUCCCUUCACUUUACUGUACCAUUCCAGUCGGAUCGUUCAUUUAAAAUCGAACUCGGAACUGCACCGUAGGGCUAUCCCGGAGACCCGGGAUUCCCCCAGACAAUGACCGCAUCUCAAAGACACGGCGGACGAGAACACGACAGAUUAUCCAUUCCGGAAGAUGCAUUCGCAGGCGCCACAAUGCUCUCUUCUAAAGAUGACGGCGUUGACGAGGUGAUUGACAUUUCAGCCAGCCAGAAGAUGAUUUCGGCCAUCUCUGGCAGCUUAGUGACUUCACUACUCGUCACACCACUCGAUGUUGUCAGAGUAAGACUUCAGUCGCAAAGCACGCCACACGCCUACACGGCCGAUCUCGCCAAGCUUGCUGCUUCUUCGCCGAGCGCCUUCCGGCCAUCGAAUCUGGGGGUCACGGCUUGCUGCCGAGAGGUGUUUUUCAUGAACAACAGCGCCGAGCUCUGUGUCGCUGGACCUAGAAUCGACGCAUUGGGAGGAUCAACCGCAGCAGGUGAUUGUGCAGUGGAGCAGACGCAAAAGAGAGCCUUCAACUCCACAUUUGAUGGCCUGAAAAAGAUCGCUCGUAAUGAGGGCAUCACAACCUUGUGGCGCGGCCUAUCGCCGACCCUAGUCAUGGCUGUUCCCGCCAAUAUCAUCUACUUCACCGGUUACGACUGGCUUAGGUACAAUGAAGCGAGCCCGAUCAGCAAAUUGAAGUCGGAUGGAUAUGCGCCGCUUCUUGGUGGCUCGCUUGCCCGAAUCCUCGCCGCCACUGCCAUUGGCCCCAUCGAAUUAUUCCGAACGCGAAUGCAGGCGACGUCAGGCUCUACAACAACCGGCCAUUUCGCCAACACCAUGAACAGCAUGAAGGAAAUGGUGGCCGAACAUGGCACUCGCUCGUUAUGGCGAGGCCUCAACUUGACCCUUUGGCGAGAUGUACCCUUCUCGGGCAUGUAUUGGUGGGGCUACGAAACAAUAAGAGGCAAGCUUACAGACAUGCGCGAGGAGCGCCGCGGACGAUCAGUCGAGAGAGAGAACGGCUCACGCCAGAGGGCUAGAAGCCGAUCGCAGAGCCAAGAGAAUCACACGGCGACAUUCGUCGACAGUUUCGUCGCAGGUGCCGUUUCUGGUUCAGUUGCAUCUGUUGCUACUAUGCCGUUCGACGUCGGCAAGACCCGCACGCAGGUGUUCAGGGAUUCAGCCAAGAAGGCUGUUGGCAACGGAGAGAAAGCAGCAGCACCACGACAAAAGUCCAUGACCGAGCUGCUCUGGCAUAUAGUCAAGACGGAAGGUGUUGCAGGGUUAUGGAAAGGCUGGAUACCAAGGACACUAAAAAUUGCGCCUAGUUGCGCCAUCAUGAUCAGCAGUUACGAAGUCGGAAAGCGAGCAUUCAGGAGCAUCAACGAAAAGGCGACGAAGAAGCAGAAGAAGCAGAGAGGAGACUAGGCCGGCGAGCUUUGAUUUCACGACAUGUUUCGCCGCUCACUAUACAUUUGCAUUGGCAGGCGUUUUGAUUGUAUUAUGAUACCUACUCUUGGCGCAGUCUCUGGCCGGAAAAGUAAACAGUAGACGUUUCUUGGCGAUUAUAGCGGAAAAUCACAUAGAAGAGUAGUUGGUGCAAUGGCCUGUAUACUAUUAAGAGCAUGAACGCGUGGGGCUUAUACUACAAAGCCUCGCAAAGAGAGAAUUAAACGAUAAUGCAGAUCGA